GUUGCACACUCUCUGACCAUGUUCAGCUCAGACCUCAUCACUCUCAACGCUGAGCGCAAGAUCCACGUCGCCCACUCGGCGCCGGCGUCGCCUGCGACCAAGACGCCAGUCGUCGCAAUCCACGGCCUCGGCGGCUCGUCCCAGUUCUGGCUGAAGGCGCUCGAGGCCUCGGGCCUCACCCAGGACCGAGAUGUGUACGCGUACGACAUGGACGGGCACGGCAAGAGCCCACGUUCGGGCCGCGAGCCCAAUAUUCAGAACUACGUCGACGACAUCCGCGAGUUCCUCGACAAGCUGAACCUCAAGCGGGUGGUUCUGAUCGGGCACUCAAUGAACGGCAUUAUCACCUCGCUAUUCUCCGAACAGAAUGCCGACCGCGUCGAGCAGCUCAUCUUGCUCAACCCCGUGCGCAACCUCACACCAGAGGCGCAGAAGAUCAUGAUCGCGCGCGCCGAGACCGCCGAGACCAAGGGCCUCAAGGAGAUCGCGGACGCUGUCGCAGCGACUGCCGUCGCAAAGGCCGUUGCUGCCUCCGACCCUUCUGCCUGCGCUCUCAUCCGCGACCUCGUUGCAUCGACCGACAAGUCGGGGUACGCCGCUGCCUGUCUCGCCCUUUCUACGGCACCCGUGAUUGAUGGCUCCAAGCUCCCCGUUCCCCUCCACCUUAUUGCCGGCGCCGAGGACUACCUCGUCAAGCCAGAAGCCGCGCGAGCGUGGGCGGGCGAGGUCCCCAACGGAAAAGGUAGCGCCAUCGUGCUCGAGAACGUCGGGCACUGGGGUGCGAUCGAGGCGCCGGCCAGGGUUGGGCGCUGCAUUGCCAUGGCGCUCGCGCCGACGUCGUACGACAUCCUCAUGGGCACGUUCCGCUCCCCUUACCUCUAUACGCUUACGUUCGACAUGAUCUCGCGCAAGCUGCAGGUGCGGCACGUGAACGAGGCGUCGGGCGGACACAACUGGCUCGACGUUUCCCCCGACGGCAAGACGCUGUACGCAACGGUGUGGGGUGAGCCGCCCAAGCUUACCAGCUACGACAUCGUGCGUGACGGCGAGUACGCGACGACCAAGCUCUCGCGCAACGUACCCUCGGAGUACAUGUCGGGGUAUGUGUGCAGCAACGACAAGGCGAUGUACUCGGCGUGUGGGCCGCAGGUGGACACGUUCCUCGUCGACGAGAAGGGCACGCUCCGCGACCAGCCGGCGGUACAGAGCUUCAGCCUGCUCCAAGGGCAGGAGAAGAACAAGGCGAACGGAACGCUCGACUUUGGCGGCCUGCGGCACGGCGGGCACUCGGCGGACCUUUCGCCGGACGGUACGAAAAUGUACGUCGCCGACAUUGGGCGGAACUGCGUUUGGAUCUACCACGUCAACAAGAAGACGGGGCUGCUUACCGAGGCGUCGAAGAACGUCGCGACGCGUCCGCAUGACGGACCCCGCCACGCGUGGCCCCACCCCAAUGGCCAUAUCGUCUACUCGCUCCAGGAGCACUCAUCAUACGUCGACGCGUUCCGCCUCACGGACGACGCCACGCUGGAGUUCAUCGAGGGCGGCUGCAUCAUCCCCGACCCCAAGGACUGCGACAAGUUCUGGGCCGACGAGGUUCGUCUCUCGCCCCUCGCCGACGUCUUGUUCGGCUCGACCCGCGGCCUUAAGGAGGGCACCCGCGGUUUUGUCACUGCUUGGAACCUCCGCCCAGACGGCACGUUCGUGACCACCGAGCCCACGUACCGCUUUGAGACCAAGACGUCAGGCGGGUGGGCCAACGCCAUCGCCGUUUGUCCCAACCAGGGGCGGAAUGGCGAGGUUUUCAUGACCCUCACAGACUCAGAAGUAGGCUUCGUUCAGAUUCUCAUGUACACGAGCGACAAGGGCUUCGAGAUCGUCGACGAGGUCAAGAUCAGCACCGAGAAGGAGCACAUCAUGCCCGCCACCACUGUCUGGUUGUAGAUUAGGUACAUCAUGCACAUAACAUUAGCAUUGGG